UAUUUAAGGUCUCCGCCUGUACGGGGUGAGCUUAACAUCUUAACGAGCAGCCUUGGACGACACAAAUUUUAACCGUCCAAAAUCGCACAGAAAAGACUUAAGUAAUGUAAUAAUUGAGUUUAUUUAUUAAAAGUGGUUUAACAUUAGCUUCUCUUUGGUUUAGUUAAAUUUUAAAAAAUAUCCAAACAUCGAUAUUUUAAAAGUAAUUCCGGAGAACUCUUAACUGCCUGAGCAAAGUUUUACUUAUGUAGUAUAAUAUCAUUGGCACACAUCAAAUACUUGCUUUGGAUACAUAUAUUUUAUCCCUUAAAAUCUGAAAUAGAGGAACAACAAAUCUUGGUACACAAAUGCACAUCUGUGGGUGUAUGUUUGGCAGUUAUGGCAGGUGAUUUUUUUCACAGAGGAAUACAUUUCUAAUUUAAUAAGUACUUUUACCUUUUUUUUAAGGUGAUUCUGUUGUUAAUAUAGCAUUAUUUUUAUUUUCAUAAUCACUGGCUCAUGUGACUGAGUUACACUUCCUCCCUUAUUUGCCACAGUGAUCUUCUGAGGCCUGUUUGUCCUUGAGUUUACCUGAGGUCCAAAAGCAGCCAGCUGCAGUCAACCCCACACUUCUAUCUGGAUGGUCAUAAUUAUGUGUUUUUUCUUUCCUUUUUUUAUUCUAUUUACCCGCUGCCCACUGUAUGACGACAGACAGUAUGUGUAGGACAUGCAGGUGUGUGGCAGUGGGAGUGAUGCCGGGAAACGUGGGAAACUCCUCUCACAUUCUCAAGACUGAUAAACCCUCAGUUGCCGCACAGCCGGUCUGAGCUCAGAGGAACAAUGAUCCUGCAACGAUGGCUGCUGAUUUUGGCCCUGGGUGAGUGAAUUUGUUAAUAAAAAACAUUUUAUUUGUUUGUUUUUCCUCCAUGUAAAGUCUUUUCAUAAUUGUCUCACAUUCUAUAAGACCAUAAACUUUAUGUAAAGCCUAUGUGUAAGACUUAUAGAUGAAGUUGUAGAUUGUUGUUUUAAUAUCUAAUUUUUUUGACAAUAUUAUUGCCAGAAAUUUUAGAUUCAACAGUAAAUAAAAGCCUUAAAGAGAAUGAAAGUCCAAGUAACACACAGAGAAGCCUGCUCUCUUUCAGCUAGAGGGAAAAUGUUAUUUUUAGCAGUCAAACCAAAUCUUCAGGAACUCUUUGUGAGAAAGACCUGUUUGCAUUUCUUUUCCAUGCCAGAGUUCAUCUCUGUCUGCAUCUCCAGCCAGUCUUUUCUUCAAAAGAGACAAUGUGCUUUCCAAGUGUCCCCCCAGAACAACAAAUACAUAGCUGCUGGCAAUGUCAGCGGCUCGGUGCAGCUUUGCGAGAACACCCAGUGCUGUGUUGGCUAUUUUGUGAUCAGCGAUGGCCAGCUAAGAGUCGACGUUCUAGGUAAGAAAGUGUGAAUUCAGAAAUCCAGAUGAUUGCUUCAUGACAAGUCUGUAUGAACAGUAUUUUUACCUAAGUUCACAAGUGAUUUAGAUUUGAUCAAACUUAAGCCUCAAAUCCAACCAAACAGAAAUAUACAAUAAAGUUAUUCUGCAGGCUGUAUGUGGUUGCUAAGAUUUUUUUUUCCAUAAUUUGAUAUAUCUGUGGUUUUCUUUUUAUUUGCAGCCUGUGAUGUUGCCGAAAAGUUGUGCCCAGAUGAAACCUGCAAGGCUCAAUCCAGCUCAAAUGGUCGCGUCAUUAAGUGUGUAUGUAACACAGACCUCUGCAACAGCAACAUCACCUGGACCUCGGAGUUAGAGGAGCCUCAACCCACCUACUCUUAUUCUGCUGGUAUGGAAAAAAAAAAGAGAUCAAAUAAAUCAUAGAAGAUCUGCAACAAUCCUGUCAGAGGGCUGGACACUGCUGCUCUAUUGGCUUGAUAAUGAAAUUCAAAGUCAUGAACUCACUGUAUUGACCUAAAAAGAAGUGUAAAAACUCAUGUUUGGUUUCUUUUAGAUGUAAUACUGCAAACUGCUGCGAUAAUUCUGGUAGGAAUUGUUCUGGUCCUGUGCUUCAUAAUUGUUGCUGCCAAACAGAGAGGACUUCUAAAGGACAAAAGUAAGUCACUGUUUUCUUCAGCAUUGAUACGGUAUUGCUAAAACAAAUUUCUUAUUUACACCUGCAUGUGGAUUAAAUCUUUAACUUUCUGCCAUUUUAGAUGUGGCAGUGGUGGAAAUAAAAAUUAUUUGAGUGUCCCGGUUGCGGUAUUCAUAUACAGCAAUUUGUCUCAUCACCUAUUCUUGUCAGUGAUUGAUUAAAUAAUGAGAAGAAUGUAAUUUUUUUUAUCGCAAUUUUUUAUCUGCCAUUACAAAGAGCAAACUGUGAAUGUCUGCAGGUCUUUACCAAACACAACUUUAUCUUUAUCUCUCAUAUUUAGCAGAUAAAUUCUCCCCAUUGCUGCUCAUCAUACAAACUUCUUGUAUGUUCACAUUUAGUUAAUUUAUAAUAAGAUUAGCCAGUUUGUAAACCUUUACCAUUUAAGUGUCUGUGUCUGCUGUUCAGAGAAACAGGGAAUCACAUUCUUGCGACGUGUUUUUCACCAGAUCUAAACUGAGAUUCAGAUGGCAUGAUGUUGUUUUUCAUGAACUCUUUCAUUCUCUCUGCUGGUCUGACCUUGGUGUUUAUCUCUACUGUAACACUCCCUUUUACCCCGUCCUUUGUUACACUGUGUCUUUACUGGUGCUUUUUACUGAGGUUAGCUGAACAUUUAAAAUGGAUCAUAUUUACAGUAUAUGUUUUUGAAUUAAUUUUUAUUUUUUUUAUUUUAGAGGAGAAUCCACACUCCUGUGUUGAUUAUAAUGUCACAAGUGUGUGUUCCUGCCAAACUACAAAAACCCCUGAGGUUGACAUUGCUGACAUGGAACUACAGCAGGUAAGCCUCACUGUCUUUUGGCUCUAAACUACUCUAAAUCUCACAGCUCUGUCAUCCACACAUUAUCUAUGUACAGUUAUUUUACCUGUAUAUUUAUAUGUUUUUCAGGUUAUGAGCUGUGGGCACUUUGCAACUGUGUGGAAAGGGAAAUACCAAGGAUCUGUGGUGGCUGUGAAGGUUUUCCCUGCAGGUUGGAAAGAAAAAUGGACCGCAGAGAAGGAGGUGUAUGAGCUACCGCUGAUGAGGCAUGCUGGGAUUGUGCACUUCCUGGCUGGUGGGAGGGAAACGGAUGGAGGCAGCUGGCUGAUGGUCCUGCAGUUUGCUGAAUAUGUGAGUGACAACCAGGCAAGACCAGACUAGGAAAAUCAGCCAUGUGUUUGUAGAGAGUUCAGAUAAAAUAAAAACAAAGGUCAGGAAAAGGGAAAGUUCAAGAUUUAAUUCUAAGUUUUAUGAUUGGUAUUGUGAUAUUGAUGCUGAUAUUUGGUCAGAAGAGGCUUUCAAACCACAAUUAAAAAAAGAUCAGAAGCAAAAACAUACCAAAAAAUUAUAAUAAUAACAAUAAUCAUGACUUAUUAUUAUCAGGUUAAGUACCAUAUUCUGUCUUUUAAACUCUUUCAUGCUGUUUGAUGUAAUUGACUGCUGUUGCUGUGCUUUCAGGGUUCCCUCCACUCUUUUCUGUGUAAACACACCAACAACUGGAUGUUGUCACUGAAUUUGUGCCAGUCCUUAUCACAGGGACUUUCCUAUCUCCACUCUGACCUUCACAGACAUGGUAUGGGCGAGAUUAUUACUGUAAGCAAAUGUGUGUGUGUGUGUCUUUAUCCUAUGAAGAACGCCUUGUUAUCACUGGUGAAUAUGCACUGUGUAACUCAAAUAGAUAAGCUGACUGUCAAUUCGUAACUUCCCUUAAUGAGCUUUUCUAACAGAGACAUACACAGCAAGGGUUAUUUACAAACAAUAUGAACCAUAAGCCUCCGUACAAACAGCAUCUUUCACGCUCUUUCGUCAGUUUUUCUACAAGUACAGAUGCGUCUUUUUUUGCAGAUAUGCACAAACCUCCAGUUGCCCACAGAGACUUGAGCAGCUUCAAUGUGCUCGUAAGAGCAGAUGGGAUCUGUGCGCUGUGUGAUUUCGGAUGCUCUACCAUAUUGCGCUCUUGUUCACAACAACCCCAUUUACAGAGCCAGGCAACGAAAAUGGAGGUAAGAACAACAACAACAAAAAAAGAUCAAGAUCAUAUUCAGAUGAGAACUGUAUCUGCAUCUUUUCUCAGUGGUUGAAUAUUUCCCCAAUACCUCAUCUAAAAUGUUAAUAAGUGGCAGAAUCUUUUGUAAUGAAACAGCGGUUUUAAAUCUCUAUUCAUGUGUAGAGUCAUGCUCAGUUCGGGACGCUGCGGUACAUGUCUCCUGAGAUCCUGGAGGGCUCUGUAAACCUCAGCAACACAUGGUGUCUUCUGCAAGGGGACAUCUAUGCUCUGGGCCUGCUGCUGUGGGAGAUUUGUAUGCGCUGUUCUGAUUUGUUUGAAGGUACGCUCUCUUAAUCAGAUUCCGACAGUCAGGAAAACAGAUGCAAGCUUGUGAGAACCACACAUUUUAUCAUCUUGAAAGUAUCCAGAGAUGACAGACAAAUGAAAUACAAAGGACACGAUUUGCCUCAGAUACUUAUUUUCACAGAUUUACUUUUUCUUUUUGUUUCUGUGCGGUUGUUUGACAUAGCCAGCUGUUCCGCAGCUCUGUUUUGAUAUUGUGUUGAUGGUUAAAAGAUGUUCGAGUUUAUUCAAAUGUCUCCAUCUGCAGGCGGUGUUGUUCCACAGCGCCUCUUGCCAUAUGAAUCAGAGCUGGGGAGCGAAGUUACUCUAGAAAGCCUCAUUUUGCACGUGUGUCACAUGGACAGAAGACCAUGUGUACCUAAACGUUUGGAACUGCUACCCCAGGUAUUUACAGUCGCUUUUAUUUACACAUGCAGCUUUUGUGUUUGUCAGGUUGCAAUGAACCGACUAAAACAUUACAUCUCUCAGGGGUCUGUGCUGGAGGAGCUCCUUGGUGAUUGUUGGGACUGCGACCCGGAUGCUCGACUGACUGCUCAGUGUGUUGCAGACAGAUUAGACAGAUUAGUCUCCCUUCGAUCUUGCUUCUCUCAAUGACUCUUUUUGUCUUUUUAUUUUUUGACUUGUUGUCAUUAGCGUUUGAACAUUUGCUCUCAUGUUUUUUUAGCCACUAAUAUUGUGCUUUCAUGAUAUAUUCAGCAGUUUUAACCAAAGCCAGCUAAUAGAAGGCCUGUAUAUAGUCAUUUAAUCUAACUGUUUAUAUCUCAUUUUAGUUUUUGUUUAAAUGGUAACCCAAGAAACGUACAAUUUCCAGGCAAACUUCUAGCAAUACUCUAUCAAAGCAAACAUUUUGACUUGCAGAUGCGGAACGAUAGCAGU